AUUUAGAGAUUUCACACUAUUUCACACAUCAUUGUGAAAAAAAUAGAAACCAUAUAAAUAUUCAAAUCUUUAAUUUAAAUAUCAAUUUUCACAUUCACCUUAUACAGCCUUUAUAUUUUCUGAACUUCGUUUUCUCAUGUUGUUUGUCAUUGUCAUGAGAGAAAUGAGCAAAGAGUUGUAGCCUCGUUGUCGCUGUUAUGCAUUGCAUGCAAUGGUGCAAGGGUGCUUCCAAGAGGUCGGCUGAACGUUGAGUGCGAAAAAAAAACCAGACCGUUACUUCAGGAACCACUAGUGCCACAACGAGUCACGUGACGCCAGACUGUCACAGUCUGAGAGCAGUUGAACAUUGAUUUUGUGACACAUCUCUUUACGUCCACGUCUCCGCAAAGGCAAGUGAAUGGCUAACAGACUGACAACCGCACUGUCCACAGCCUAUACUGUGCAUGCAGCUGAAAAAUUGAGGACGUAACCACGUGACAGGCUGCGCUGACUCAAAGAGGAUUUCCCACAUCUAUUUAUAGCAGCUCGUUGUACGUGGUGUACACACAAAUAAUGUGAUCUACGAAACAAACAUGGCGUUUGUCGUUGAAGCUUCUGUCCUUUGUAUCGUUGGUGAACUCUUUACUUUCGUUGGUGGAGCUUCCAUCCCCAGCAAGGGAGAGGAAGCCCCAUGGUGCAGUCUGGUGGUGUCUCCGCAGUCUGUAGGCUCCAUGGAGUGCGAAUUCACUGAGGACGUCCAGUUCAUGCAGGUGGAUUUUUAUCAUCUGAAUUCUACUGGUCCUCCAGCAAUUGCCAUUUCAUGUGACGCAAACAGAUGUCUUCCAAACGCCGAAUUUUCAGACAUGCUGAGAGAGGAAGCACUGCCCACUGCAAGGGUACUGUCACUAGUGGUACACGGGGUAUCUGAGGCAUCCUCUGGAAGGUAUCGAUGUCAAGCGCAGGCUGUAAGCAACUCCCUGACAGUGGAGGGAAAAUGUUCCUUUCGAUUUAUAAAUAACGAGAAGAGAGGCUUGGACAUUCUGUAUGUUCUCUUCAUCCUGCCAGUAUUGCUAAUAUUGGCCGUUGUGGUCACAACGUGCUUGGUCUGUAAAAGAAAGUCCUGGGCUCUUUGGAGAAGGCCGAGUUCGUGUCAGGAGGACACCGUAACUGGCCCCACAGUCAAGCCGCUGGUGAGUCGGGACGGCAAGGACAGUGCUGACGAAGAAAAGGUCAUGAUGAACGACAAAGAUGAUAAAGGAGAUAAUGAAAGUGCAUACCAGAACAAGGAGUCGUACCUAACGAGGGAAGGUCAAAAGAAAUGAUACCAUUGAUGAUGCUAGAGACGAGACACACAAGUGUCCUUCUCGGAUGUUGUCAACGUGGGUGGAGCAGGCGGAACUCAACUUAUUUUACAAGUUCCCCCCUGUAACUGUGUCUUCAUUUAAUUUAAAUUGUUGACUACUUUCAGCAUAAGCUUGACACACAUACACAAACUUGGAGAAAUUAAAAGGAUGUGUAUAUAUCCUCUUCACCAGUUGAUUGGUGUUAGAGAGUUGUGUACACGAUCUUACUCAUCACAACUCCUUGGAACGGCGCAGUUAGGUUCCAUUCAAGCACAUCAUUAACAAGCUAAUUAAAUUGAUGACGAGGUCAUCAUAUUCCGGUGGGCAGAUCAUAUUUUGCACCAAAAUUGAUGACACGGGAGACAACUCGGGGAAAUUUCCACCAAAAAGUGCCAAAUAGAUUUUGCUGCAAGAUCAUUCUAAAUAUAGUUUUGAUAUGUACUCAAACAUCUGGGAUUUUUCAAUAAAUGAUUUAUUUAAGAAAAGUAUUAAAGCUCUCCCUAAUUU